GUCCAUGGGGUUGCAAAGUGUCAGACAUGACUGAGUGACUAAUACACAUUGCAUGAUUUUGGAUACCACCUAAAUAUGGAUGAUCUUCAUCCAGACCCCUUUUCUGGACUCCUGAUCUCUGUGUAUUUGCCAGUAUAAAUCAUAUGUAUCCAAACUGUAUACCCCAACCUACCCCUUUAGGGUUCUCCAGCUCAAUGAAUUGCAUCACCAUCCAUUCAUUUGCCCAAAUCAGAAACCUAGAAGUUAUCUUUAAUCCCUCUUUAUCCCUUCCCCUCCCCAUGACACUUCCAAUUUUUCCUCUGCUUUUUUUCACCAGGUCUCAGAAUGGAGGAGUCCCUCAGUUCAAAAAGGUGGUAUUCGAGGAAUUUACUGAUGGCUCCUUUACUCAGGCUGUAUACCGUGGACAACUGAAUGAACACCUGGGACUCUUGGGACCAUACAUAAGAGCAGAAGUGGAAGACAAUAUCAUGGUAACUUUCAAAAACCAGGCCUCUCGUCCCUACUCCUUCUAUUCUAGCCUUAUUUCUUAUAAUGGAGAUCAGAGACAAGGAACAGAACCUCGAAAAAAAUUUGUCAAGCCUAAUGAAACCCAAAGCUACUUUUGGAAAGUGCAGCACCACAUGGCACCCACCAAAGAUGAGUUUGACUGCAAAGCCUGGGCUUACUUUUCUGAUGUUGAUCUGGAAAAAGAUGUGCACUCAGGCUUGAUUGGCCCCAUUCUGAUCUGCCGUGCGGACACACUAAGUGCUGCUCAUGGGAGACAAGUGACAGUACAGGAAUUUGCUCUGUUCUUCACCAUUUUUGAUGAAACCAAGAGCUGGUACUUUGCUGAAAACAUGGCAAGGAACUGCGGGGCGCCCUGCCAUGUCCAGCCAGAUGACCCUACUUUUCAAGAAAAGUAUCGCUUCCAUGCAAUCAAUGGCUACGUGAUGGAUACACUCCCUGGCUUAGUCAUGGCUCAGCAUCAAAGGAUUAGGUGGUAUCUGCUCAGCAUGGGCAGCAAUGAAAAUAUCCACUCCAUUCAUUUCAGUGGCCAUGUGUUCACUGUGAGAAAAACAGAGGAGUAUAAAAUGGCAGUCUACAAUCUCUACCCAGGUGUCUUUGAGACGGUGGAAAUGCUACCAUCCAAGGUUGGGACAUGGCGGAUAGAAUGUCUUAUUGGCGAGCACCUACAAGCUGGGAUGAGCACUCUCUUCCUGGUGUACAGCAAGGAGUGUCAAAUUCCACUGGGAAUGGCUUCUGGACGCAUUAGAGAUUUUCAGAUUACAGCUUCAGGACAAUAUGGACAGUGGGCCCCAAAGCUGGCCAGACUUCAUUAUUCUGGAUCAAUCAACGCCUGGAGCACCAAGGAUCCCUCUCCUUGGAUCAAGGUGGAUCUGUUGGUGCCGAUGAUUAUUCACAGCAUCCUGACUCAGGGUGCCCGGCAGAAGUUCUCCAGCCUGUACAUCUCUCAGUUUAUCAUCAUGUACAGCCUCGAUGGACAGCGGUGGCAGGGUUAUCGGGGGAACUCCACUGGGACCUUAAUGGUAUGUAAAUAGUCCUUUUCAAGAGAAUGCUUGAAUCUUUUGAGGAGCUUUUGACAGAUUUCAGCAAUCUGAAAUGGAACAAACACUCACAGUUUCUAGAAACUUCAGUCACUCAGUCGUGUCUGACUCUUUGCGACCCCAUGAACCACAGCACAUCAGGCCU